AUCUUUACCAUCUACACCACUCUUGUUUUUUCUUCCUUGAGUUAAGAGUUAGAGUUGAAGAAUCAAGGAACCGAACUCAACAACAAUGAGUGGCAUAGCAUUGAUACCCGCACCUUGCAAUCUCGUAAUUGCAUCUUCUUCCUCAUCAUCCAAAUUUCAAAAAACAAUCAGAACCAAAACCAGAGUCUCACUCAACAACGCCAUAUCCAUCUCUUCAGACCCCUUUGUUCUCGAACUCGCCGAAGCCUUAGAAGACUCCGUUCCAACACCACAACCUCUCCAGAAUCUUCGAGAAGCUUCCUCCGAAUCUCUCCUCUCAUCUUCAUGGCCUUCCCGCAGAGACGAACCCUUUCGUUUCACCGACAUCUCUUUCCUCCGCUCUUCCCAAAUCCUCCCCGCCCCAAUUCCAACACCAACCCCAACCAUAACGCCGUUCUCCACCUCCCAAUUCCCCUGUCACAUCAGCAUCGUCGAUGGACACUUCAUAAGCUCAUUGUCUGAAACCUCGGAGUUUCCCGAUGGGGUUUACGUUGGUAGUUUGUCGAAUUUGAAUUCUACUGUUGCUGAACGGGUGUUGGAAUUGGUUUGUGGAUUGGAAGGUGGUGAUUUGUUUUGGUCAAUCAACGGUAUGGGUGCUCCUGAUUUGACGGUGGUUUAUGUGCCGGAGGGCUGUCAUCUUCAAAGUCCGGUUCAUUUGGGUUAUUUUUCGUUGCAGGGUAGUAAGGAAGGUUCGAAUGCUUUGUAUCUUUCAAAUCCGAGGGUUUUGGUGGUGGUGGAGAAAGGUGGAGAAGUUGAUAUAAUUGAAGAGUUUUCCAAUGAUGAAGAGAAUGAGAAUGGGUGUUAUUGGACUAAUGCUGCUUUGGAAGUGGUGAUUGGGGAAGGGGGUAAAGUUAGGCAUUCUUACAUUCAGACUCAGUCACCUCUUGCUGCACACAUCAAAUGGACCUCGGUUCGCCAGGAGUCAUCCAGUACAUACGAGCUUACAGAGGUAAGCACAGGAGGUAAACUAGGAAGGCAUAAUCUUCAUAUCAAACAACUAGGUCCGGAAACGGUGACAGAGUUAUCAACUUUGCACUUGUCUGCUGGUAAUCAAACACAGGAUCUUCACAGUAGUCUUGUAUUCGAUCAUCCAAGGGGCUAUUCUCGUCAGCUUCAUAAGUGCAUUGUGACUCAUUCACAGGGACAAGCAGUUUUUGACGGAAACGUUAAGGUUAACAGAUUUUAUCCAAGACUGAUAGGUGAUGGUGGCAAUAUUACAAGGAUGACUUACAUCGUCCUCAAAUCGUCCUUUGAUCUUUUUGUGACAGAUAUAUGUCAGUUGAAGGUCUAUGCGUGUUAAAAUGAUGAAAAUGGCAAAAACGGGAAGAAGAUACAACUUUUCCGCUGUCAUGACGGGUGCACUGUUGUCAUGACGGUCGUCAUACCCCAAGGAAGAACAAUCCGUCAGCAUUUGGUCAACAAAACUAGGAAGACACGUCCGAGCACCCUGACGGGAAGGCCGUCAGGACCCAUGUGAGCCUAUGUGGAUUUGUCACGACGGACAGAUCGUCAGCCCGAGCUGACGCCCGUCAUGAUGUUGUUGCCCCAUAUUUUCCCCCAAGCUUCAGGAAUCAAAUUUCCAACCUCCACCACUUUUGCACGUUUUGUGCAACUCCCAGUACGAAUUUUGUGCAACUCCCAGUACGAAUUUCAGCCUAUAAAUAUGUCUUUAAAAAUCAGUUUAAGAGAUCUAAGCUUUGCCGUAGAAAAAAAUUCACUUGUAAAAGCAUUUGCAUCUUGCAUUAAGGUGUUCUUGCAACCAUAGUUUUAGGUGCUUGGAGUAUUAUUUUUCUGCAAACUGUUGCUACUGUCUUUUCUUAUGGCUAAUACUGAACUAUUGUUGCCGUUAAUUUUGCUGAUGCUGCUUUCAUAUAUCUAACAGAAUUAAAGCCUCCGAUUGGAGCAUUUUAUGCUAUUCAAGUAUUAUUUACUA